GCCGAACGAAACGGAUGUCUCUCUCCGCGACCACUGAGUUGUGCAGUCGUUUUGGUCCCGCUCUGUUUCGUGAAUUGUAAAUUUGCUAUGCUCUUACGCUGAGUCGCAUUCAAUCAUUCGUUAGCUCACCUUCCUGACUGAACGAUUCGCUUCGAUUGGACUUAGCUGUUUUUGGUUGUCUAUCCGUAAGAGCAUAACAAAUACAUGACACAGAAACGAGUCUUUGAAUCCACACGCGCACACACACGCCCUCCACCCGUGAUGCACAAAAAGCGCGGCGGAGGGUCGAGGUCAACUCACCCUCAGCUCUUUCUGCUUGUCAAAAUGGUGAUCUAAAAACUCACCUCUGCUACGCUGUCGUGAAAACGUUUGACUGAAAACCUUUGCUGUGUUCCUCUUUUCGCAGUACGGGGGGGCACUGGAUCCGCAGGAGCGAAGAAAGAGGAAAAAAAACAAAUAAAGUCGAAGUCUUGACACGCAUCUACAAAAAGGAUCGUAGAGCAGAGAGUAGAGUAAGUAGUCUAUCUAUCUAUCUAUCUAUCUAUCUAUCUAUCUAUCUAUCUAUCUAUCUAUCUAUCUAUAACGUUAUAUAGAUAGAUAUAUAGUUAUACGCUUUUCUCUUUUUUAUUUUUUUUUGUUUUUGUUUUCCUUCUUUACCCUGUCGUGAAAACGUUUGACUAAAAACCUCCGCUGUAUUCUUCUGUUGCACAGACUCUUUUCGCAGCGAAGAGCGAAGAAGGAGGAAAUUCGUCUGUGAAUCAACUUAGAGGAGAAAAAAAAGCGCUCUCCUGUACUGGCUGGCCUCUGCGGCUACAGCCGAAGACGAUCUCGACCUCGAGACCUCGAUCUCGAGAAAAAGGAGCGGACCGCGGCCGAGAGAGGACGACGAUGAAACGCACGGCGCGCGGACGUAGACGCAGGGGUCGAGGAUUCGUCUGCGAGUCGACAGAGAGGAAUAAGAAAAAGCGCUCUUCCCCGAGAGCUUCCUGCCUCUGCGGCUACAUCUUCCCGGAGAGCGUCCCGCCUCUGCGCGAUUAUUAAUAUGUGUGCGUGUGUGUGUGUGACCUGUGCGCGUGUGUUUUCUACACUGCCUGUGUAUUCUUUUUUUGUUUGUUUGUUUGUUUGUUUUUUUGUUCACAGCGCCCUCUGCACGACCGGCCAUCCCGCGGGGGACGGUCACGUCGUCUCUCAGCCUACGCGUCCGUUCUUCUCGUCAGCUGAGCCGGCGACGGCAUGGGGACGGAAAGGACGGACCCGUGGUUCUGAGACGACGCGUCCCCCGCUCCAGGAUUUGGCCUCUGACGCGCCGCACGUCGACGGAGAGGAGCAGGAAAGUGCGCUCUACCCCCCCCCUUCCCCGGGGGCGUCCGGCCCAGCGCCCUCUGCACGACCGGCCAUCCCGCGGGGGACGGUCACGUCGUCUCUCAGCCUACGCGUCCGUUCUUCUCGUCAGCUGAGCCGGCGACGGCAUGGGGACGGAAAGGACGGACCCGUGGUUCUGAGACGACGCGUCCCCCGCUCCAGGAUUCGGACUCUGACGCGCCGCACGUCGACGGAGAGGAGCAGGAAAGUGCGCUCUACCCCCCCCCCCCUUCCCCGGGGGGGUCCGGCCCAGCGCCCUCUGCACGACCGGCCAUCCCGCGGGGGACGGUCACGUCGUCUCUCAGCCUACGCGUCCGUUCUUCUCGUCAGCUGAGCCGGCUACGGCAUGGGGACGGAAAGGACGGACCCGUGGUUCUGAGACGACGCGUCCCCCGCUCCAGGAUUCGGCCUCUGACGCGCCGCACGUCAACGGAGAGGAGCAGGAAAGUGCGCUCUACCCCCCCCCUUCCCCGGGGGCGUCCGGCCCAGCGCCCUCUGCAUGA